AUAUCGGGUGCAUAUAUUGUGGGUGAAGCUGCUGAGGAUUUGGACAGAAAAGACUUAUCAUGUGCACACUUUUGUUUAAAAAGUAAAUCAGCCCCCACAAUCUUUUCUGCGGAGAGUGCAGAUAUUAUUCAAGUAAGUGUUCUGCAUAAUAGAUCAGAAAAGUCUCCAAUAUCCACUGCACCCAUUGCUGAAUUUUAUCCUGCUUCAGAAGAUGCCAGACUUUUGGUUGUGGAUUUUAAGCUAGAAGUGCUUUGUUAUGCGGCCAAGAGUCUUCCGCUGAUGGAUGCUAUUUCUAUGUUAGUUUUCCCUGGUUUAGUCGAUCAACUAAAUUCAAUGACGAAGGCAGUCAUGCCCUGCCUCUUAACUCAACAUCCUCAGCUUCGUCCAUUCCACUUUAGUCUUCCUGGAUUAUUGCAUCCGAUCACUGUUGUCUAUGAACUUAAUUAUGGAGAGACAGAAAUGAAGCAAGCUGAUGUAAGAAAAUCCCUACACUUAAGGCUGGGAUUGCCUUUUGAUCGUCCUCUCAUGAGAAUUGCUAAUGCCCUGGAUUUGUCUAUUACUAAGGAUGGUUCAAGGAGCAAUUCAUUAAGAAAGGGUUCUUCCUUGCUUAAAGAUGUACAUAUUGGAAUCCCGAGUAGUGGAGUCUCAGGGGGCCUUGUCUCUCUGAUUCAAGGUUCAUAUGAGUACUACCAUUAUCUUCAAGAUGGCUUUGAUGACUCGGGCUGGGGUUGUGCUUACCGAUCUCUACAGACUAUCAUUUCGUGGUUCAAGCUCCAACACUACACGUCCAUAGAUGUUCCUUCACAUAGGGAAAUACAGCAGUCACUUGUAGAGAUUGGCGAUAAGGAUCUUUCUUUUAUAGGUUCACGUGAAUGGAUUGGUGCCAUUGAAUUGAGCUUUGUUUUAGACAAACUUCUGGGUGUUAGUUGUAAAAUCAUAAACGUGAGGUCUGGAGCUGAGCUUCCUGAAAAAUGUCGAGAGCUGGCCUUGCACUUUGAGACUCAAGGAACACCGAUUAUGAUUGGUGGUGGUGUUCUUGCAUAUACUCUAUUGGGAAUUGAUUUCAAUGAAGCAAGUGGAGGUUGUGCAUUUCUCAUACUUGAUCCACACUAUACAGGGAACGACGAGCACAAGAAAAUUGUAAAUGGAGGAUGGUGUGGGUGGAAGAAAGCAGUUGAUAGCAAGGGAAAGAAUUUCUUCUUACAUGAUAAAUUCUAUAAUCUUCUGCUUCCACAGAGGCCCAAUAUGGUAUAGUUAGAUUCUUAGGUUAGAAUUGCUUCAAGUUGAAAGGUUAUUUUUUUGAGUUGGUUUCAUGUAUUGUAGAGUGUAGACAUUUAUCUUCUUUCAAAUAUCGGGGGAAUCAAAUUUCAGCUUACGUCCAUAUUGCUUGUUCAGUUUCUUGACAUUUGCUACGGCUCUCUGAUAAAGAACCCAUUUGAAGGGAUUUGUUGAACUUGCUAAAUAUUAUUACCAUAAGUUUUCAAUCAACUUACAUUAAGUUUCAA